CACCUUCCUCUCUCUCUCUCUCUCUCUCUCUCUCUCUCUCUCAAUAGUAAUCUAAAAGCUUUUUUUUUUUUUUCUUAAACAAAAUGUAAUCUCAGCUCUCUCGGCCCGCCUUGAUUCAGAACUCUUGGCUGGCUCUUCUCUUUCUAUCUCUCUUUUCUUCUUGUUAUUAAUAAAAACUGAGAAAUGGUUUCGAAUUCACAAAAGAAAAACCUCCACUCUGCAAUAUUAUCAAGCAACCUCAAAAAACUCACAAUCACACCACCAAAUCCCAAUUCCGACUUCGAUUUCUCUGAUGUAUUUGGUCCACUUACUCCACACCCUACCCAUUCACUGUCUCCGUCCACGUCAGCAUCAACUUCCUCUCCUCCCUCCUCCGCCUUUAUAGGAGACCCACUUGUUAUCCACAACCGGUCCCACUCCUUUGUGGGUCCUUCUCCCCGCUACACUCUCUCCUCUUCCCUCCCUUUCCAAAUCCAGGAAGAAGAUCUUGAAAACGGUGUCGUUGAAGAAGAAGAAGAUGAUAAUAACGAGGAGAAGCUGAAAAGUUCUAGCAAUAAGAUUGGUCCUUGUGAUUUUGAAAUCUUGAGAGUUGUUGGGCAAGGAGCUUUUGGUAAAGUCUUUCAGGUUAGAAAGAAAAGGAAAGAGAGCGAUUGUGAAGAUGGUGAUGGUGAUGGGAUUUUUGCAAUGAAAGUCAUGAGAAAAGACAUUAUAAUUAAAAAGAAUCAUGUCGAUUAUAUGAAAGCUGAAAGGGAUAUUCUUACUAAAGUUGUGCACCCUUUUGUUGUUCAGCUUCGUUACUCUUUUCAGACCAAGUCUAAGCUUUAUUUGAUAAUGGAUUUUAUGAAUGGAGGACAUCUAUUCUUUCAUCUUUAUCGUCAAGGACUCUUCAGUGAGGAUCAGGCGAGGGUUUAUACCGCUGAGAUAGUUUCUGCUGUUUCACAUCUUCACAAGUGCGGGAUUGUGCACCGGGAUCUUAAACCUGAAAACAUUAUCUUGGAUUCUGAUGGGCAUGUUAUGCUAACUGAUUUUGGACUUGCGAAGGAAAUUGAUGAAUCUAGUAGAUCUAACUCAAUGUGUGGGACAACAGAAUACAUGGCUCCUGAAAUUUUACAGUCUAAAGGCCACAACAAAGAUGCAGAUUGGUGGAGUAUAGGAAUACUCUUGUAUGAAAUGCUAACUGGACAGCCACCAUUUGAGCACAAAGAUAGAAAGAAACUUCAGGAGAGAAUUAUCAAAGAAAAAAUCAAGCUUCCAUCAUUCCUCAGCUCUGAAGCUCACUCUUUACUGAAAGGACUGCUGCAAAAGGAACCAUCAAGAAGGUUGGGAAGUGGUCCUAGUGGAGGGGAUGAAGUCAAAAGUCACAAAUGGUUUCGGUCAAUCAACUGGAAGAAAUUAGAGGCAAGGGAAUUGAUACCAAAGUUCAAGCCAGAUGUGAGUGGAAAAUACUGUACAGAAAACUUUGAUCGGUGUUGGACAACAAUGCCUCCUGAUGAUUCGCCAGCUUGCACACCAACAGCUGGUGAACAUUUUCAAGGGUAUACAUACAUUGCGCCUAACCCUUGGCUUUCUUCUGGAUGAUAUGGUAUCAUGAGCAAGCCAGCCUGUUAAUAUUUUGUAAGUUUAUCUUCCGUUAACUUAAUUUUUUUCCUAAAGAGGAAAAAAAGAAGAAAAUGAAAAUAAAUACAAGUUGAGCUCUUGCAGGUGUUGUUUAUUGUUCUUGAAUAAAAGAUUAAAGGUACUUUCUUA